AUGCUGCAGUUCGGGCAGUUUCCGGGCUGCCCCUCUCGAUGGAGCGCGCUCUUGGCGUGGGCUGCAGAGGUUAUGAAGCUGGAAGCAGCACACAUGGGGUGCUCGCCGAGCACAAGAGCAUCGACGCGGAGCGUCAUGGGGGCGCUUAGCGACAGUGAGGCGUCGCCGUUGGUCCACUCGGAGUUUCGCCGCCACUCGCUGUCGUCGCGGGACAAGUUCAAGCGCAAGGGCGACGCCACCGCCAGCGAGAGGAUUAAACUUGCGGACAGCAAGUGA